AUGGUCCGGUUCUAUUGGCCAGGCAUUCGGGCACAUGUGCGCCGCUGGUGCGCGGUUUGCCCGGACUGUCAACUAGUCAACCCCGCGGCCACCCCUAGAGCCCCUUUGCGGCCAUUACCACUCAUAGAGGUCCCAUUUGAGCGAAUUGGCAUGGACCUUGUCGGACCAUUUCAUCCGAGCACCCAGGGAUAUCGCUUUGCGCUAGUCCUGGUGGAUUACGCAACGCGCUAUCCCGAAGCAGUCCCGCUGCGCUCCAUCUCUGCAAAGAGUGUCGCGCAGGCACUGUUUCAAGUUAUCUCCCGAGUUGGAAUCCCGAAAGAGAUUUUGACUGACCAGGGCACGUCCUUUAUGUCACGCACGUUAAAGGAGCUGUACGGAUUAUUGGGGAUCAAAUCCAUACGGACCAGCGUUUACCACCCACAGACUGAUGGGCUGGUGGAGCGGUUGAAUAGAACCUUGAAAUCCAUGAUCCGGAAGUUCGUACACGAGGACAAACCAAAUUGGCAUAAAUGGUUGGAUCCCCUGUUAUUUGCAGUGCGGGAGGUUCCUCAGGCCUCAACAGGAUUUUCUCCAUUUGAGCUGUUGUUCGGCAGGAAGCCGCGAGGGGUACUGGACCUAGUUAAAGAAAGCUGGGAGGAAGGUCCAAGCCCCAGUAAAAACGAAAUUCAGUACGUCAUGGACCUGAGAGCAAAACUCCACACAUUGGGGCACUUGUCACGUGAGAAUUUGCUCCAAGCCCAAGAACGUCAGCAGCGCCUGUAUAACAGGGGGACACAACUCAGACAAUUUUCACCGGGAGAGAAAGUACUUGUAUUACUCCCAACAUCCAGCUCCAAAUUACUCGCCAAGUGGCAAGGACCGUUUGUGGUUACACGACGAGUAGGUGACGUGGAUUAUGAGGUUCGGCGGGCUGACCGGGGCGGGGCGACACAAAUAUACCACCUCAACCUACUAAAAGGUUGGAGGGAAGCGGAGCCUGUCUCCAUGGUGACGGCGAUAGCGGAGAGCGAGGAGCUGGGGCCGGAGGUUCCCCCCUCCCCCCGGCCCUUCCCUCUCCGCUGUGAUAAUAAUCUGACGCCGUCACAGAAAGCAGAUGUGGCCAAUUUGCAGCAACAUUUUGCUGACGUGUUCUCCCCCCUGCCAGGCCGCACGAACCUCACCCAACAUCACAUAGAGACCAACCCAGGCGUGACGGUGAGGUCUCGGCCCUAUAGGCUGCCCGAACACAAGCGCAAAGUAGUUCGGGAGGAAUUAAAAGCAAUGCUGGAAUUGGGGGUAAUAGAGGAGUCACACAGUGCAUGGUGCAGCCCCAUAGUUCUGGUAGGGAAGAAAGAUGGGUCUGUGCGGUUCUGUGUGGACUACCGCAAGGUAAAUGCUGUGUCACGUUUUGACGCCUACCCGAUGCCCCGGGUCGACGAGCUCCUGGACCGGUUAGGCACUGCUCGUUUUUUCACGACACUGGAUUUGACUAAGGGCUACUGGCAGAUUCCCUUAUCUCCAGAGUCUAAGGAAAAAACGGCAUUCUCCACUCCGGAAGGUUUAUACCAAUUCGUGACCCUUCCGUUCGGCUUGUUCGGUGCGCCUGCCACAUUUCAGAGACUCAUGGACCGAGUGCUGCGUCCCCACGCGGCAUAUGCUGCCGCCUAUCUGGAUGAUGUCAUCAUCCAGGGGAACAACUGGGCGGAGCAUGUGCAGAGGGUGGGAGCGGUACUCGAGUCCCUGAGGCGGGCGGGGCUCACCGCCAACCCGGCGAAGUGCGCGGUUGGCCGGAGGGAGGUACAGUAUCUGGGGUACCACUUGGGGGAAGGUCAGGUGCGGCCUCAGAUAGACAAAACCGCAGCAGUUGCGGCCUGCCCGACCCCGAAGACGAAAAAGGAGGUGAGGCAGUUUUUAGGGCUGGUGGGCUACUACCGGAGGUUCAUUCCCCGGUUUGCGGACCUGACCAGCCCACUAACUGACCUCACCCGAAAAGGUGCUCCAGAUCUGGUCCAGUAGACGGAGCAGUGCCAGCAGGCAUUCGAGAAGGUGAGGAAAGCACUUUGCGAGGAGCCGGUAUUGCACAUGCCUGAUUUUUCCCUCCCAUUUUUUUUGCAGGUGGACGCGUCGGGCUGGGAGCUGUUUUAUCCCAGCAGAAGGAGGGCAACGACCGCCCCGUGCUGUACAUCAGCAGGAAACUAUCAGAGGUGGAGAGGGAGAGCCUCGCCAUCCGGUGGGCGGUCGGUGCCCUCCGGUACUACCUGCUGGGACGCCCGUUCAGCCUCUGCUCGGACCACAGGCCUCUCCAGUGGCUCCACCGCAUGAAAGAGGCCAAUGCGCGGAUCACCCGUUGGUAUCUCGCUUUACAACCCUACCAUUUCAGAGUGAUCCAUAGG